AUGGCGGAUUCUGAGUUGCGAUUAGACGUACUUCAUGCAAUGGGUGAUGAAAAAUCCGAUCCUAAAGAGCGAGUCUAUCUUGAAGAAACAUUUUAUAUUCUGUCCAAGAAGAAAUCUGUGUUUCGGGUACGCCUAACGUCGAAAGGUUUAUCUUUAAUAAAAGAAACAGACGAUAGUUCUAAGGAACAAACAAUUUUACUACGCGAUAUAAUAGGUAGUAAAUGUAUGAGAAGUAAAAGACGUCGUGUCGGUGGUGGUUCUUGUGUGUGUACCUCCCUUGUUGGUAAUCAGCAACUAAAAGUUGUUGAUGAAAACAGCGGCGAUCUUGAUGAAAAUGAUAUUAGUGCGUAUUUAUAUAUUUAUGCUUACGUUUUAAAGCAAAGUCGCCGUUCUUUAAAGCGAGAACGCACAACAAUUACAUUGAGGUUCCGGUCAUACGACAAGUACGAAGAUAAUAACAAAGAAGCGCAGAAAUGGAGAAAUACUAUCAAAUGUUUGUUAAUGAAUGAGCCAAUUUCAAAUAUCCCUUCAAAUAUUGAAAAGAAAUUACUAGUGCUGUUAAAUCCAAAGUCUGGGCCAGGUAAAGCAAGAGAAUUAUUUCAAACCAAGGUAGCUCCAAUUUUGCAAGAGGCUGAUGUUCCAUAUGAUCUCCAUGUAACCAAAUAUGCCAAUUAUGCUAAGGAAUUUGUUCGUACCCGAAAUGUUUAUAAUUGGAGGGGGAUAGUUGCUGUAGGUGGUGAUGGGGUUCUUUUCGAAGUUCUAAAUGGAAUGUUUCAGAGAUUAGAUUGGCAGCAAGUAUUUGCUGAAGUACCAUUAGCUGUAUUACCCUGUGGGUCUGGCAAUGGCUUAGCUAAGACUAUCUGUCAUCAUUUUAAUGAGCCAUUUAUUCAUCAAAACAUGACGGGGCUAUCUCUGGCGUUAGCAAGAGGAAAAUCAUCGCAAAUUGAUGUGGUCAGAGUUGAAACAAAAACGGAUAUAAUGUUCUCCUUGUUAUCGGUCGGUUGGGGAUUAAUUUCGGACAUCGAUAUAGAAAGCGAAAGACUUCGUUCAAUAGGAGGCCAAAGAUUUACAUUGUGGGCUCUCGCGAGAACCGUUGCACUUAGAAAAUACAAAGGUGUGCUUAGCUAUGCAUUGAUUAAAGAUAUCGGUAAUCUACCUAAACCCAAAACAACUAUCUUCGGUCGAAGUAUAAGUCAAGAUGGCGCCCUGGAUUCCCCUGAAACUGAAGCGUUCUUCGACUGUGACGAACAAACUGAAACGUUUAUGAGUACAGAGAUUGGAAAGAAACACCAUAGGGUAGACUCUUGGUAUUCUGUACAUUCGAGGAAGACGUUUUACAGCGCUCGCGGUUCUGAUUACCAUAGUAUGACAAGCGCUGGAUCGGAAUUACGGUCGCCUGUCCAGGAACGAAUGUACGGGCCGGCUUCACACCUACCUUCUCUAAUGUCAGAACUACCUACCCAUUGGGUGCAGGAAGAUGGCGAAUUCGUCAUGGUUCACGUUUCCUAUCAAUCUCAUAUAGGCGAAGACUUUUUAUUCGCGCCCCACUCCCGACUCGCCGAUGGAGUUAUGUGGAUGCUUAUAAUCAAGGCUGGCAUAACGAGAUCGCAAAUAUUUUCGUUUCUUUUGAAAGUGUCUCAGGGUAACAUAGCGGAUAUAAACAAUGAGUACAUUAAGAUGGUUCCAGUGAGUGCAUUUAGAAUAGUUCCCGAGGGUCAAACGGGUUACAUUACAGUAGACGGAGAACUGGUGGACUAUGGUCCUAUUCAAGCCGAAAUAUUUCCAAAUAUAGUAAAUAUCCUUGUACCCGAUACCAAAUAA